UCUGUGGCUUACAUAGGUGGGUUUGUCAAUGCGUCCUCCUAUACAAUUUCCUUCUUUUCUUUAUCCUUCUGUGGACCAAACAGGGUCAAUCAUUUUUUCUGUGAUUUUGCUCCUUUAGUGAAACUUUCUUGUUAUAAUGUCAGUAUCUCUGUAGUGGUCUCAUCAUUUUGUGCUGGUUCCAUCAUUAUGGUUACAGUGUUUGUCAUAGCAAUCUCCUAUAUCUACAUCCUCAUCACCAUCCUGAAUAUGCGCUCUAUUGAGGGCCGCCGCAAAGCCUUCUCCACCUGCACCUCCCACCUCACUGCGGUCACUCUGUUCUAUGGGACCAUUACAUUCAUUUAUGUGAUGCCCAAGUCCAACUACUCUACUGACCAGAACAAGGUGGUGUCUGUAUUCUACAUGGUGGUGAUCCCCAUGUUGAACCCCCUCAUCUACAGUCUCAGGAAUAAUGAGAUUAAGGGGGCUCUCAAGAGAGAGCUUGGUAGAAAAAUAUUUUCUUAA